ACCGUCCGCCAACCGCCGAGCUAGCUAGCUAGGCUAGGAAGACCGGAGAGAAAUGGCCGAAGCUGAAUAACAGUUCGUUGGCUUUAACGGAAAAGCUUUCGUUGUCUCAUUUUCGCAGUGUGCUUUCUUUCUUGUGUGGUAUUCUCAAAUGUGCUGGCUGCUUCAGACAUUGAUGCGCCGCGUUUGUCUUGCACCCAAAUCUAACGGGACUCCGUUUGGCUUUAGUGAGACAGUCAGGGUUGCUAAGAUAUGCCAUAGGUAACUCCCAAGAGCGGCGUAUUUGGAAAGGGAAAAGUGGUUCAUGGAAGACCUAAAAAAUACAAGAGAAGAACAAAGUCAUCAGGAGGUUUCUCACAAGGAAAUUGAACAGACAUUUAAAGUCUCGACUCCCUGCCCUGCUCCUGGGGGCCUUGCAGUGCCCCCUGCGGGCGGGAACAAUGCAAAGCGGACCACUGUGGCCAAUGGACAGUCCUCCUCUGGAGUGUCUGCGCGCUACGUCCCCCGAGAAGUGCCCCCCCGCUUCCGUAACCAGGAGCCUAAAGUUCUGCUGAGGAGGGGUCAACCGCUGGUGGGCGGAGCCACCGGGGACACCUCACUACCCAUCCACAUGGUGGAGCCCUUGAAUGCAAACGCACUGCACUCUUCAGAUCCAGAUGUAGAUCUGCCCUCUCCGCUCACCACACAGUCCCCUGCCACUUCGACUUAUGCAAAUUCCACAUGGGCACUUGGCUCUGGAGCGCAGCCCCACUCUCAGGGAAUGGAUAAGGUUGUAGUGGACGGCUCUGACCUGGAAGCGUGGCCUAGUAUUGCAGAGGGCAGGAAACAGGAGGAACCCUUUGCUCAGAGCAGCGUGGCCUCCUGGGAUGGCAGUCAGAGCACGCAAGACAGCAAAUCAGAAGCUGUGGGGCCAUGUGAGAUGGGUGGGUCCUUUACCCCUGGUGAUUAUGCAGUAGGCAAGGUGGUGUGGGGGCUGUCCUCUCAGGCUGAUGUGGGCAGGGCUUCAGGUGUGGUAGAUCAGCCCUUCAAUUCAGAAGGGAUGGAGGUGGCACCUCUGAGUCCCACCCCUGAGCCUGUCCUCAUAGCCCUCACAGCUGACCUGGACAGGGCCAGCUCAGAGUCAGCCCUCACUGCCUCCCAUGAGGCAUCCUUGAGUCCAGGCAGCGCUCAGGAUGGAGGUAGAUGGGAGGACAACAUGCCGGAGCGAGAGGCAGGACCAAAACAAGCAGGUGCCGAUGUUACUGAUGAUGCGGGCUGUGCAAAGUCAGAAGAGGUUCCUGCCUCUGAUGACUCAAACCCACCAGCUCCAAGGACUGAAGGGUGGGAUAGUGGGGCAGGUGCGGGGGAGGUUGCAGGCGUGUGGGCCUCAUCUGUAGACAGCCAGGGCAGUUGGAGAGGUGGUAACGAUAGCGCCAGUUGUGGCAUAUCUCAGGGAGGUGGUGUAAAAUCGCAGGUGGCAGCGGCAGCAGCAGCAUGGCCCAGUGACAUGCCAGCAGGAGGCGCCAGUGAGCAUCUGAAUGAAAGCUUUGCAAGUAGUUUACAGGACCCUCGAAUGUUUGCGAACAACGCAGCAGCAUUGGAUAAUCAGAAAGGGGCAGAUGAGUGGGAGGGUUCGGAGAGUGGCUCUGUUGGUCACAGAGGCAGUGAAGAUGAGGUUCACUCCCAUGACCAACCCCCAAACCUCACCUCAGGCCCAGACCCCAGUCCUGAAGUGGCCUUACAGAGCAUGCUCGGUUGUAGCCACCUGGACCCCAGGGUGCUGUGCAACACGGGUUGGGGGCAGACCCAGAUCAAGCAGGGUGUGGCCUGGGACCUGGAGGCAGAUGUUGGAGCGGAAUCAGCUGGAGGUCGCACUGAACAUUCUCAGAUUGACCCAAAUGGUCCCAGCACAACCCAAAGGCCUGGGGCUUCGGCGGGCAGCCAAGUGAGGGGGUCCAGAGGACAGGGCUGGGGUGGAGAGGGUGGAGGCUGGGGAGAGCAGAGAGAGGAGAGAUGGCAUGGGAGAGAAGGGGAGUGGCGUAGUCAGACGGAACAGGGCAGCGGGAGGGGCAGCAACUGGGCAGAGAGUGCAGAGGAGGACCGGGGGCAGAGGUGGGGUGAGAACAGGAAUGAUGGAGGACGCUGGGGCCAGAAGGGUGCUGAAUGGGGGGAGGAGAGGGCAGGUAGACAGGGGGGGCAGGACGAGGGUUCCUGGGGCAGCUCCGAGGACGAGGGGCGGAGAGGGUGGGGAGGGAAAGAUUCGGACAGCGGCGUGAGGCAGCACCAGGGCUGGGCAGAUGCCCCACACCUAGCACCCCCACCCAAAAAUCAUACGCCACCAAAAGGCCCAAAUCAGCAGCAGACACAGUCCCAGUCGGGUCCGCCACGAGGCCAGCCGGAUGGCAGAGCUCGUCCUGCAGGCCCGGUGCCUCCCAGCCAGAGUUCAGGGUGGACGUCUGGCCCCAUCCCGCGUGUGUCCCCUGCCAUGGAGCCCAGUGGUUGGGAGGAGCCCUCGCCCCAGUCCAUCAGCAGGAGGUUGGAGAUCGACGAUGGCACAGCGGCCUGGGGAGACCCCUCACACUACGACAGCAAGACCGUCAACAUGUGGGAGAAGAGCGUCACACACCAGAGGCCCCCACCUGCUCCACCGCAGCAGACCCGGCCGACCCCCUUACCCCCCAGCAGAGACAAAACCACAGCCCCAGCGUGGGAGCGGGCAGGUGGCCUGUCAGAACAACCUGUAGACAAUGGAACAGCAGCAUGGGGGAAGGCCUGGAGGGACCCAGAGGAUUCUGGGAAGACAUCCGGAUGGGGCAGCUCCCACACCAACCAAGCCAAGUCUGGUUCCAAGUCUAUGCAGGAAGGCUGGGGUGAUGAUGGCAGCUCCUCUCGCCACGCCAGCUGGGAGGAUGAGGACAGCGGCCUGAGCAUGUGGGGUGGCAGAGGGGGCAGCUCGGGGGGCUGGGGCCAGGGCCAGGGGGGCAAGAGAACCGCUGGAAAGGGUGCACUGAAAGGGAAUGGUGGGGAUUCCUGGACAGGACCUGUGUCUCGGCAAUUUUCCAACAUGGGGAUUACGGAUGAAGAGGCUGGCACUUCCUCAGACAGACCACGCAGAGGGACGAACGACUUUAAUGGAGAUUCAAGGAAGGGGGGAAGAGGAGGGGUCUCCUUCCGCUCUCAGAGCUCUAAGGACACAGGCCCUGGUGAGGCAGGACCUUACUUUGACAAGAUGGGCAGUCAUGGUAUGUUUGGUGCUGGUGGUGGACUUGCUCAGUUAAGAGGAAUGCAACAGCCUGGUGUGCACUCCGUAAAUCCUUCCCCUGGGAUCCGAGCACAAGUGCCUCAUCAGUUCCUCCCACCUCAGGUUUCAGGAUCUAUGCUGAAACCGAUGGCGCCCCCCAGUGGAGGCAUGUUCCCACCGCAGCUCUCCCCUCAGCACAUAGCCAUGCUCAGUGGCAUUCACCCCCAGAUGCAGCAGUUCCAGCUGGCAUGUCAACUCCUCUUGCAGCAGCAGCAACAACAACAACAGCAGCAUUUCCUGUCGCAGAGGAAGUUCCCUCCUCCUCUACGUCCGCAGCAUGAUCCACAGCAGUUGGCUCGGAUCAUGGCUAUCCUGCAGCAGCAAAGACCUCAGCAGGGUGUAGGAGGUCCCAAGCUCUCCCCAUCUCACCUCGGAGGAGCAGCCUCCAAACAGUCUGACGGAGGCCUCCUCCACCCAGCUCUAGGAGGCUCUGUGGCCGACCUGCACCCCAAAACUCCACCAGCAUUCUCCAGCUUUGGCUCAGGGGCGGAACUGGAGUCACUGGUGGGUGGAUCCGUGGGCGGGCUGAAGGAAGCUGGUGGGUCACAGUCUCGUUUUAAAUGGAUGAUGGAAGUGGGGCAUCCCCUUGCCCCCUCCCCCACAGAUCCCUUACUGCACAAGAACGGUCUCUUGCCUGGUCAGGUGAAGCUGAGGCCUGACUCCCCAUAUUCCCAGUAUGAUCUGUUGGCGGCGGAGAAUCUGGGCGUGGCUUCUCAGAGCCUGACUGACACUUGGCAUAGAACUGCUGGGGCAAAACUAGGUUCCACCCCUAGCACCCCCACUUGGCCACCAGAGUUCCAGCCAGGUGUUCCAUGGAAAGGAGUUCAGAGCCCUGACCCUGACCCUUACAUGACCCCCAGUGGAAUGGUGGGUUCGCCCAUUCUCAGUGAUACUGACCACCAGCUCCUACAAGACAACACAGAGUCAAACCCCUCCCUGAACACCUUACUGCCUUCACCUGGUGCCUGGCCCUACAGUGCCUCAGACAACUCCCUAUCCACACACAACUCGGCGAAGUUCUCUGAGUUCAAGUCUAGCUGGCCUCCUGAGCCAAUCGGACACAACAAGUCAUGGAGGACCAAUCGAAACAGCUCUCACCUGCCACGUCCCCCUCCAGGACUGACCAAUCAGAAGCAGUCAUCCUCAUCUCUGUGGUCAGGGGUGGGCCCUCGCAUGCCUAGGGGUUGGAGCCCAGGGGCUAGAAGCCAGGACAGUGCCCCAUUUGGUACAGAGGCUACUUGGAGUGGUGGAUCAUCUGCUGGAAGCUCCUGGUUACUACUGCGCAACCUAACACCCCAGAUCGACGGCUCCACUCUGAGGACGAUUUGCCUUCAACACGGCCCUUUGAUGACCUUUCACCUGGGCCUGACCCAGGGCAGCGCUCUAAUUCGCUACUGCAGCCCACAUGAGGCAGCCAAGGCCCAGACUGCACUACAUAUGUGUGUUCUGGGGAACACUACUAUCCUUGCUGAGUUUGUGAGUGAGGAAGAGGUUGCACGUUACUUCACACAUUCCCAGAGCUCUGGGGUUGCAGGAUUGCCUGAGGGGUCGUCUGUCCCUGACCCUGCUGGACGAGAGGGUGAGAGAGAGAGGGAUCGGAGUGGAGGGGGAGGAGUGGGAGACGGAGGAGGAGGAGGAGGAGGAGGAGAUGCUGUCCUGGGUUCCUCUGCUGCUUCCUGGCAGGGCUUGGACAUUUCAGGCAGUUUGACGGGCAGCCCCGCAAUGGAAGGACCCGGACUCACGCUACUCAGCCAGUGGAGCAACAGCGGGGCAGACGUGCAAGGAGGUGGAGUGUGGGGGGGUGUGGCCUCUGGCUACCAUGGUAGCAGCUUAUGGGGUGCUCCUCAGAUGGAGGACAACCCUGCUGGUUUGUUUCCUGGUGACCUGUUGGGGGGUGGGGCUGACACUUUGUGAGUGACACAGAAUGUUGUGAGGAUUGACUUUAAAACACUGGCACAUGGACUCAACACACACACAAAAGAUCAUGGUCUUAACAUUUAUACAACUGAAAAUGCUCAAUGUGUUCUUUCAGAACAGACAGGCAGACACACGCAAAAAAUUAACUUGUAGUCAGAUGUGAACACUGGACUUGGUGACAUGCAUAUGCACACAAUGAAUCAAAUUCGCCUGUUUAUUCCCUCCUACCCACAUGCGCACGUGCACACACAUUGCAGCACUAGAGAACUGCUUACACACAUUCUACUAGCCAGAUUUAAGCUAUAGUGGGUCUGAAGGCAGGGACCGUUUGAUGUACAAGGGCCUCUUUUCACACUGCUACAUGUGACUGCUGUUAAUCAGACCCUACUGGGCUCAACUUCAUUUUGUCUGUUUACUUGUUUCUCCACAGACUCCACCCCCUUCAAGGGUGGGGACCAAUAGUGUUGUGACAGUGAUGCCUGCGUCAUGAUUUCUUUUGCAUGAUAUGUGAAAAAGGGCAAUCUGUAUCGAACCCUUAAGGAUACUCCUACAUACGCAGACACACAGAUGCAAGCACAUCUCCUGAAGCCUGGCUGUUUUCUGAUUGUUUUUGUGUGUGUGUGACUGGAAGCAGCUGAGUUUCAGAGACCUUCCACUGUCUGCCCUGCUUCUGCCUCAGGCUGCCUCUGUCACCUCCACUAUGAGCUGUAUGUGUGUGUACAAAUGAGUGUGUGUGUGUGUGUGUGUGUGUGUGUGUGUGUGAGAA